CGGUAUUGCGUUAUUUCUCUUUUUGCCUAACAACCUACCGAUUUACGGAUUUACCUGAUACGAGAUAAAACCAAUCCUCUUUCAUGCCAUCGCGCGCAACCAAUUUCAUUGUUCUAUCCCUUGAGCCCCGACUCGCCUGUCAUCAUGGAUGAUCGUUGGGGAAGAAAGCAGUCGGACUCAACGGUACAAACUGUUGACGAAACUGCCUUAGAAUACUAUAGAGAAGACUCGGUAUUAAAGCCUGUCUCUGCUCACAUCCACACCGACGACUGGCCCUGUUUUCUACUUACCAGCGCCACGAUAUUCCACAAGGAUGGCACCUUGGCAAACCUGCUGCAUGUUGAUUUAGAAGGUCCGUUGAUUGUUCGUGGAAAGCUUGAAAUCGAAAAGGAUCAGGAAAGAUUCCUUGUCAAUCGGCACAUGAAGAAUCGUUCACCAUAUAUCCAACUUCAGGAUACGUUAUCCUUCUCGAUCGGCCUCAAAGAAGAUAGGCCUCCCAUGCCGGUGCUGUGGGCUAGUGGCGGAGCAGGUUGGUAUGAGAUUGUCCCGUCUGAUACGUAUAAGGACAUAUGCAACACUAUGUUUCAGGGCAUUUCUCUUCACUAUGCGAUUCUAGAUCAGUACGAAGUUGCACUAGAGAAGCUUCAAAAGACAAAGAAAAAUAGGAACAAGACACUUAGUGACGUCAAGUUGGUCUUGGACGACGUUCUUAUUAAGUAUGCAGUAAAUGUCGGCGAUGGUAUCACGUCUGCCGAAGCCUCACAACGGAUCAAGGAUCAGGCAGUUUUCUUACUUUGUCAUUUCCCUAAAGACACUGAAUUUCAUCGCACCUUGGCAGAAAAAUACCCUGAUAUUGUGCAACAACUUGCCGCCAAAGAGUCCAGUGAUGCAAAGGCAGCUACAAGCUCAGAACCUAGCACUCUAGUCGCAGUUCCCUAUCGAGAUCAAGAGAAGUCUAGUUCUCUAGAAGCCACCAGCAGUAAAAAAAGCGGUAGGCCUUCAUUGCGGAAUUCUGCCUCCAGAUUUCAACGAGACAGCGAGGCCAUCGAACGCCAAGUGGCCGAGACAAUAGAGGCUUCGAAACGCCUAUCAGUCCAGCCUACCGUAAACAAACGGGAGCUACCUGUGAAUAUCCUGCCUGAACCUGCCAAUAGUUCUGACCCCGAUCUAAUUGUGGUUGGUUUCCGCGCCAAAUACAACCGGCCAAGGGAAUACCAUAACGCGGACAAGCAACUUGACAGUGCAGCUGAGGAAGAUACAUCACUCCCAUCCUCAAACAAAGACGCAAACCCAGGCGCAAGUUCCAACUCGGAGAUUAACCCAUCCGUAUCUGCCAUCAUUGGAGUCUUGCAAGAUUACCGGCAGGAGCUACUUUCACUUUCAGGUAAUAAGACAAAGCACCCUGAUGAGGUGACUGUCAGCACUUGGCACAGUAAACUUUAUCGUGGAUUAAGUGUUAAAAAGCCUCGUGCACUAGCUCAGGUCUGCAUAUACUACGCCCGGGAUCUUUUGCAUUUCCUUGGACCAGAGUGGCACCCCAGCAAAUUUUACAAGUGGCUGGAGGAAAACGUUGACAUAGCACCCAACUUUGAGGACCUGUCUGAAGAUCGGAUGAAAAAUAUUGUCAGACGCAAGAAGAAAAAUCAACUUCCCCACAACGAUCAAUCUUCUCACGAGGACCAACCUUACGAAGACCAGUCUUACGCAAAUCAAUCCUCUGUCCCCAACCAACCAUCCCAGGCAACUCCAUCUUCUUACUCAAGUCGUAUUUCUCGCGCAAGUCGUCCUUCUUACUUGAAUCAACCAUCCUACGAGCUCCCUUUCGCCAUGGAGUAUCAGGAAGAGAAGGUCCAAGGACAACAACCUCCCAAUAGAGCUCGCACCGGCGGUAAGGUAGCAGGCCUGCGUCCUUCUGUUGGAGGUAAGAAACGACUACGACAGGAUUUCAGCCUUGGCGAUGAAAUGGAGCUGGACGAGGACGGACCGCAGAAGAAUGCAUCUAAGAAGUCACGCUAUCCUUCCACGGAGGACGACCACGAUGAACACAACGAGGAACGCGGGGCAACCACUUCAUCAGGCAACGAGUAUAACGCAGAAGAUGAGGAUGCUCUGACAGCCGGUACAGUUGGCCAGUCAACCAAGCCUCUGAAGCCCAAUAGAAAUGGCGUGGACGAUGCAUGGUAUUGCGAAGAAAGUGGCUGCGACUUCGUCGUUCACGCUAACAAUGAGGAUGAUGCUGAAGCCCUUAUUAUGCCCCAUUAUGAAUUGCAUCAUAAGGAUGCUCGAACCAAGAAAUACGCAUCCCAGAAGUUGAAUCUUCAAAACAUAGUUCGCGAGGAGUCUCUCAUAACAGGUGGUCUCCCUGUUGGCUUUUUACUUAAGAAGAUCGGCCGAUAUACUGCAGCUUUGGAGAGUCUCGAUGAAGAAGAAUGCAAGAAGAAACUAGAGGCAGAACGUCAAAGUCGCAGAUCAAAGCCUCAAGGACAGAAGUCACAACUUGAAGGUCAAGCAACACAGCUUCAAGGUCAGGAGAAGCAACUUCAAAGCCAGGAGAUGCAAUUUGAUGUUGAAGCAGUGCCGGAGCCUAAGGAGCGCGACACCCUACAAUAGAUUCACACUCUUGCAUAAGCACAACAAUACAACGACACAAUGACAUAACGGUUCUUUCUUUUUUGCGUUUGAGGUUCCUAAUUACCGACAAUUGGAGCCUGUAUAUGAGACGAGACCUUGACAUGGGACAACAUUCACAACAGGCAUUCACAACGGACGGAUGAUACCCCUUUGCAUUUAAAACGGUUGCUUGGCGUUGGUGAAAUUUGUGUUUUCAACUUUCAAUAAUAUGCCCCCGGAGGCAAUCUGUGUUUUCCUUGCAACUCAUUCGACAAACAUUUUGCGCGUUUUUCUGAUACUUUUCCGAUGCAAUACGAGCCCAUGUGGCAUUUUGCGCUGAUCAUGGUUUGUCCAAGAGGCACUUUAUGAUUUCUAUGAUUUACUCGA